CCAGAGCCCGAGGCGACAGCUGGGCUGGCUUCUAGAGAGGUCAUCUGACUGGCUGCCCGGCCUGGGCUGCACACGCGCUCUCUCCUCUAGCAGACCACACAGAAGCUGGUGCCGACACAGGCAGCUAGCUGCCAGGCUAUGACGACUGCCAUCUCGCCCCUGGCACCUCUGGGCACCCAUGUACCCAAAGGAACACACACAUCAGCCCCACUGACCUGAAGAUCACUGCCAGAGACUCCAAAGGUGAAAGGUGGGCAGCAGAGCUAGCCAUACCAUGUCUGUGACCAGCGGGAAGACCAGACCAUCCCUGACCCAGGAGAUCCUCAGCCACCUGGGCCUUGCCAACAAGACUGCAGCCUGGGGAACCCUGGGCACCCUCAGGACAUUCUUGAGCUUCAGCGUGGACAAGGAUGUGCAAAGGCUGCUGAGGGCCAUUGCAGGCCAAGGUGUGGACUGCAGUGCCAUCAUGGGCGUGUUGACCAACAGGACCAGAGAGCAAAGGCAGCUCAUCUGUCGAGCCUUCCAGGAGCGCACCCAGCAGGACCUGCUGAAGUCCCUGCAGGCAGCACUCUCUGGCAACCUUGAGAGGAUUGUGAUAGCUUUGCUGCAGUCUGCAGCCCAGUUCGAUGCCCAGGAAUUGAGGACAGCCCUGAAGAACUCAGGUCCUGCUGAGGAUGUGGCCCUGGAAAUUCUUGCCACCCGAAGUGCACCCCACCUGCAGGAGUGCCUGACGGUCUACAAACAGAAUUUCCAGGUAGAGGCUGAGGAAGACAUCAAAUCUGAGACCAGUGACAUCUUGCAGGAACUGCUCUUGGCCCUGGCCAAGGGGGUCCGUGACAGAUACUCUGGAAUCAUUGACUAUAACCUGGUGGAACAAGAUGUCCAGGCACUAAAACAGGCUGAAGCACCCAGCACAGAGGGCACGUGGGUCCUCAUCUUCACCCAGCGAAAUCUCGAACACCUCAUCCGAGUGUUUGAUCAGUACCAGCGGUGUACCGGGCAUGAGCUAGAGAAGACCGUCCAGAACCGUUUCCACGGAGAUGCCCAGGCAGCUCUGCUCAGCCUAGCCUCAGUGAUCAAGAACACACCACUGUAUUUUGCUGAUAAACUUCAUCAAGCCCUCCAGGACAUCAAACCCAAUUACCAAGUCCUGAUGCGCAUCCUUAUCUCUCGAAGUGAGACUGACCUUCUAAGCAUCCGAGCUGAGUUCAAAAAGAAAUUUGGCAAGUCCCUCUACUCUUCUCUCCAGAUUCCAGAUUAAGGCUGUUUCGUCAGCCUGGGUCCCAGAGAGAAGACGAUGCAGGACAGAAUAGCAGCUAAUCCACAAUGGCCAGCCAGCAUGAGAAAUAAACCACAGGGAUUUUAGGGGCCAUUUGCUACCUGAGGUUAAUCUAACUUAUCCUGCCUGACACACUGACCCAGAAGAAAAAACCACAAAUGAUAGCACAUCCCACGUCCCACCCCUGCAUCUCUAAAAUCUCAUUACCUUGUGCUUAGUCAUAGUGCUGAAGUGGUUGUUUCGGAAAAAGACACUAAGUUCACCCUCCUUGGCAGCUGCUGUUAGCUCGCACAGUCCAUGGUAGGUCAGCUGUGCUGCAGUGGUCUCCAGGAACUGCUCUGCGAUCAGGCCUGCCGGGAGGGCACAAAAUUGGGGGAUGAGGGGCUUAGCUUCAAUACAAAGUCCACGUUAGGAAGAAGGAUCCUCCAGAUCCUUUGUCCCUGUCAAAAGCCCUAAGGAGGAGGAUCCCACCUUGUGAAAUCUCUUGAAGCCUGGCUGCAUUCAUUUAUCCAACAAAUCAUUACUGAGUGGCCGCCCUGCACCAGGCACCGCUCUAGGUACUGAAUGCAAUGGUCAAUCCCCCUGACUCUCCCUCGUGGGGUUCACACUCUAGUGGGAUGUGGUGUGGGGGAGACAGACAAUAAACAACAAACUGAAGUGGCCAUCACUCCCUCCACAUAAGAUCUACAGAAAAGAAAGCAGGGAUAUUACCUUCUGUCACCAGGUUGGUGUCACUAGAGUGCUUGCAGGUGAUGAUCUUCUCCACCAGCUGGUUGUAACUCAGUUUCCCAACUGCACUCACAGCCUCAGGGCUCUGCAUGGGCAGUGGGAUGGGGUAGUAGCCAAAUAAUUGAGAUCUUUUGGGAAAGGAAAUGAAACAAGCCCACAGCAUUGCAACCCUAUAACCAAAGGUUAUUGGGACGCCUGGGUGGUUCAGCGGUUGAGCGUCUGCCUUUGGCUCAGGGCGUGAUCCCACUGUUCCGGGAUCGAGUCCCACACUGGGCUCCCUGCAUGGAGCCUGCUUAUCCCUCUGCCUGCGUCUGCCUCUCUCUGUGUGUCUCUCACGAAUAAACAAGUAAAAUUAAACAACAAACAAAGGUUCUUGAAAUUUUCCGGGUCUAAAGAACUGACCUAUUUGUAUAGGGUUUGCUUGUAUUUGAAUGUUACCCCUCCCCCCCAAAAAAAGGUUAAAAUUCAAGGAAUUCUGCACCAGGUCCAGCCUCUAAAGCCUAUUCCCUUCCCAAGCCAAUCUAAUCCCUAACUCCCUAAACCCAUCCCACAAAAUUUGGCUUCUCUGUCAGUUUGAGCUGGGUAAGAGUCUCAUUUGGGCGCCCCCCCCCCCUCACCUGUGGAUCAACAAGCCAGCCAUGGUACAGAGGUAUGCCAAGGAGGUCAAAGAUACUGCACUCAGGAGUAUACUCAAAAUCAGAGACCCCUGUGAAUCGCACAUUGACAUCCAGCCCCGUGGCCAGCUUAGGCAACACUGUCAUCGCGUCGUCCACAUUCUAGGUUUAGAAAAGAAAAUGAUGACUGUAUCACACCACCAUGUUAUACACCUUCAAUUCACACAAUGUUAGAUGUCAGUUAUAUUCCAAUAAAGCUAGGGGAUAAAAAGGAGAAAACGAUGGCUAUUCUAGCCUCCCCUACCCCCUGACUCCUAGCUCCAGAAAUAAAAAAAUUAAUCUCAUUGCUUUUCUUCCCUCAUUCUCUUACAGGCCAUUCCAUUCCUCUCUUGCCUCAACCCUUCUUUAUCUUAUAUAAAGGAACAUAUUUUCUAGGACAGAGAUAUACUAGAAAGAAAUCAUAGUUCAAGGAACCUUCUUGAGAAGAAGGGCUUCUCUUCAUAGCUUAGGUGUCCCGAUACAAGCCUGCAAACUCCUGUAUCCCCAGACGUUUGCCUCACCUGCUGAAAAUUAAGCUGAAGUCCCUCUGACUUCUCCUGAGGCCUGAUGGACAGGAGGCAGUCUCCUACAAGACAGAACCCCUUCAUCAGCUCACCCCAACUGUCCCACAGCUGCUUCCUCUUCUUCUGGAGAAUGGUUAUGGAACACAGAUUUUUACAGCUGUAAGGAGCCUUAAAAUCUAAUCCAGACCUUUCAAUUCUUAGAGAAAGAAACAGACUCAUGAAGGUGAAAGGCCCACCCAAGGUCACACUAAAAGCUCAGAGCAGAAGUAGGGUUUCAAUCCCAGACUCCUGACACCUUGAUCUUUGCUUUUCAUUCCCCAGCCUUGCAGAGAAGCCCUGUAGACCUUCAUCCUCCCUGCCACAUCAGAGCCCCAAAUGCGCAGUUGCCCAAUAUUCUGGAUUUCUGGCUGAGUGGAAAGUGUAAGCUCUUGAACCUUCUGUGUAAUUCCUCUCCAAGGUUUAGUCACUCACCAAGAUGGGCCAUGAGCUCAUCUGAUGUAAUCACUUCCUUCUGGGGGGGCAGCUUCACCUGGAGGCAGAAAGGGUGGCCAAGGCCAUGUGUAUAUUCAGAGAGCACUGAAGGAGAAAAACAUAGAAGGACAGGGGGGAAGGGGAGGGCGUGGUGGGAAAGCGGGCUUGCAACUAGAGUGAGGGAAUGAAUGUGAAGAACUGUAAGGCAUUUCCAUUUGCCAGACAGUAGAAGAUACAAGAGUAGGACAGAGAAUUGUUUUGUUUUGUCUUGUUUUCAUGAAUAGCUUAUCUCACUUGUUCAAGCUGGAGAUAUACAGAGAAUAAUCUGGAAAGUUUUGCCUGGUCUGAGAACAGCAGGAUCAUCAAGGAGAUGGGUCAGGGAAGAGGACUCGCCCUAGCAAUUUCUGAGCUCCCAUCCAAACUCUCUUACCUUCCACUGAAGAAAGAGGAUGUUCAUGAUGGCAAGGAGAGGACAAGGGCCAUUAGUGCUCUGGGUGAUGAUGGGUGUCCGUUCUCCCUUCCAGGGGAUCCACUUUACACAGUAGAAAUCUAGCUCAGGCUGUCGGGCCCUAGGGGGCAGGGGAAGCUCCUGCCUGGAGCAUGCUCCCACUGUCUCUACUUCAGGCUGUGUCCCGUGGGCUGGCCCCAGUUGCCCUGAACUAGCAUCAGGUGGAGGGGACUCAAGGUGAUCCUGGCCCUCGGCCAGCAGCAAAGCGUGGCCUACUGGCUCCUGUUCUCCAGCUGCCCCAUCUCCAGUAUCCUUGUCCUGGGGGUGCUCAUCCGGUUGUGACAGGACCUCACGGUUUUCAGGGCUGACUGCUUCUGUAAUCCUGCCCUCACCAGCGGCUGAAUGCUCAGGUUGAUGGUGUUCCAUGGUCAGAAUAGGUCAACUGAAGGGCACCAAAAGACUUUCCUGUCCUCAGGGAGUUACCUAAUCUAGGCUUGGUAUGUAAAAAAGAGACCAAUCAAAUAAGAAGAAAGUCAUUGGGCUGGAAAGCAAAUAGAUCCAGAAAAGUCUUGUCAAAGGACUAUAGUAUGGAAGGCUAGAUAAUGUCUAUCUAGUCACUCCUGGCUACAGGGUGUAUGUCUUUCUCAGUUGGGUAAACAGAAGGGCCCCAGCCUGAGCUCUUCACCUCUAAGUUGCUGUGACCACAUGGAACCAAUGAGGGUACAGGGCUUUCAGGUUGAAAGGCAGGAUUCUGAUGGGAUUGAAGUCAUUGGAAGGAGUCAGCUUCCCUGAAACGAUAAGAUCAAGAAAUGGAAAAAAGUUGGAGAGAAAGGGAAAGUAAAAGGAGAAAGAAAGGAAAAAGACAGAGCAAGAGAUGUUAAAACUGUACAGCUGACCCCUGAACAACAGGGGUUUGAAUUGGGCAGGUCCACUAUCCGCGGACUUUUUUCAGUAAAUAUAUGAACGGUAAUGUAAAUGUAUUUUCCUUAUGAUUUUCUUUUUUUGUUGCUGAAGUAUAGCUGAUACACGAUUUACAUUAGUUUCAGUUGUAUUCUUUAGGAUUUUAAAAUAUUAUUUAUUUAUUUAUUCAUAAGAGACACACAGAGAGGCAGAGACACAGGCAGAGGGAGAAGCAGG